AUAUGUGAUACUUUUUUUCUUUUUUCAUACACUUUACAUCAACUUAUCACUUGACAAUGGUAGUGAUUUGGUGUAAACAUAGCGUGGGUAAACUUUUUUCUCUACAUUACAAUAGCACAGGUGGGAACUUUAUUUCAAUGGUAUGGUCUUGAUCCAGUUAAGAUUUAACUGCAGAUUUGAAAUCUUAAGGAACUGUGGGAGACACAUUGUGCAUGGAAUUCAACAAUGGAAGACAUUUGCACUGAGUUGCAAUUGUGACUUAGCUCAGCGCGAUUAUUCAAUGAGAAAUUUGGUGAAAUAGGGUUACUUGCACUGUUGCAGUAGGGACACAACAAUGGAGCUCUCAGAGUGGCCGACAAUUUGAAAUGUGAAGCGACUGUGUGUAAAGCAGCGAGUUUGUCAUGUUGUUUAAAAUUUCAAUGACAUUUGCAGCUAUCUAUGGGUGUGUAUAGUACAGUACUCCACCAGGCCCCACCAUAAUUUGCCUUCUCGAUUAAUUGUUUUUCCAUCUGCCUAUUAUUAAUGCUGUCUUUGCAUCUCUUCUUGAGGCGAGAGUCUUACGGGAAACAGCCUCCCAAUCUUCACUAAGUAGGGUCAAUCUAUUGUGUAAGCUGAUGCACUCUCCUUCCACAAAAGUGAUACUUUUUCGAAGGUAAAGUCAGUCUUAUACAGCUGCAACAAGUCUAUAAUAAGUCUCAUAUGAUGCACUAGAAACUCUUGCAAUCCUUCAGCUAGCAGCUUUGUUUCUUCCACAAAAUUUAAGAUAUGCAUCAACUCCAUUUUUCCUUCUUUCCCUUGAUUGCUCAUGGCCACAUGAUUCCUACACUUGACAUGGCCAAGCUCGUUGUUUCACAAGGUAUCAAGGCCACCAUAAUCACCACCCCUCUCAAUGAAUCGGUUUUCAUCAAAGCUAUUCAAAGAAACAAGCAUCUGGAUCUCGAAAUCGACAUCCGUUUGAUCAAAUUCCAAGCUGUGGAGAACAGUUUGCCUGAAGGGUGCGAGCGCCUUGAUCUCGUCCCUUCACCUGACUUGAUCUUCAAUUUUUAUAAAGCUACAGCUAUGAUGCAAGAACCAUUCGAGCAGCUUGUUGAAGAAUUACGCCCCAAUUGUCUUGUUUCUGAUAUGUUAUUCCCUUGGACUACUGAUUCUGCUGCCAAAUUUAACAUUCCAAGAUUGCUUUUUCAUGGCACAAGUUACUUUGCCCUUUGUGUUGCGGAAAGCAUCAGGAGUCAUAAGCCUUUUAAGAAUGUCUCCUCUGAUUCUGAAGCUUUUGUUGUACCAAAUUUGCCUCACCAAAUCAAACUGAGUGGAUCAGAAUUGUCUCCAUUUGAUCGAAUGGAGGAAGAGACAAGUAUAUUCCACAUAUUUAAAACAGUCAGAGAGUCAGUUUUGAAGAGUUAUGGAAUUAUCUUCAACAGCUUCUAUGAACUUGAACCAGAUUAUGUUGAACAUUAUACCAAGGUUCUGGGUAGAAAAUCUUGGGAUAUUGGCCCGCUUUCAUUGUGCAACAGGGACAUCGAAGAUAAAGUUGAAAUAGGGAAGAAAUCCUCUAUUGAUAAACACGAGUGCUUGAAAUGGCUUGAUUCAAAGACAUCAAGUUCCAUCGUUUACAUUUGCUUUGGAAGUGUUGCAAUUUUCACUGCAUCCCAAAUGCAAGAACUUGCUAUGGGACUUGAAGUUUCUGGACACGAUUUCAUUUGGGCUGUUAGAACAGACAACGAAGAGUGGCUGCCUGAAGGAUUCGAGGAAAGAACGAAAGAAAAAGGAUUAAUAAUAAGAGGAUGGGCACCCCAAUUGCUAAUUCUUGAUCACCAAGCUGUAGGAGCUUUCAUUACUCAUUGUGGAUGGAAUUCGACGCUAGAAGGAAUAUCAGCAGGGGUGCCAAUGGUGACGUGGCCUUUGUUUGCUGAGCAAUUUUUUAAUGAAAAGUUGGUGACUGAAGUUUUGAGAAAUGGGGUUGGUGUUGGUUCAGUGCAAUGGCAGGCAACAGCUUGUGAAGGAGUGAAAAGAGAAGAAAUAGCUAAAGCAAUAAGGAGAGUAAUGGUGGAUGAAGCAAAGGAAUUCAGAAACAGAGCCAAAGAGUACAAGGAAAUGGCUAAGAAGGCUGUUGAAGAGGGAGGAUCAUCUUACACUGGUUUGACUGCUUUGCUGAAAGAUAUAAGCACGUAUAGAUUUACAUAUAUCUGAUCUUUUCCUAGUACUCGGCCCAUAUGUUCUUUUUGUCAUGUUGUUUUACAAAGUUACUUUUGUCUUUUCAUUUUAAUAAUCAUGACAUCGUACGUAGAUACAGAAUUAUCAAAUAAAUGACAAAUGACCUUUAUAAGAUA